AUGUUCAAAGACGCUCAUGAGUUUGUCUCUCGAUGUGAUGCUUGUCAAAGAAGAGGGCAGAUUAGUAAGAGACAUGAGAUGCCACAAAGUUUCAUCCUUGAGGUUGAAGUUUUUGAUUGUUGGGGCAUUGAUUUUAUGGGACCAUUCCCCUCUUCUUACAAGAACAAGUAUAUCCUUGUAGUUGUUGACUAUGUCUCCAAGUGGGUAGAAGCUAUUGCAAGUCCCAAGAAUGAUUCUGUUGUGGUUCUUAAGCUGUUUAAGACCAUCAUCUUUCCACGGUUUGGAGUGCCUCGGAUUGUUAUCAGUGAUAGAGGUAAGCACUUUAUUAAUAAAGUGUUUGAUAAGUUGUUGAAGAAGUAUGGAGUUCAAAAUAGAGUAGCUACUCCAUAUCAACUCCAGACUAGUGGUCAAGUUGAGGUUUCUAACCACAAAAGCAAAGAAAUCCUUGAGAAGACAAUGGGUGUUACAAGAAAAGAUUGGACUGCCAAGUUAGAUGAUGCAUUUUGGGCAUAUCGGACUGCAUAUAAGACACCACUUGGCACUACUCCUUUUCAUCUGCUUUAUGGGAGAGCAUGUCAUCUUCCAGUGGAGUUAGAGCAUAAAGCAGCAUGGGCUCUAUAUAAGGAGAGAACCAAGGCUUAUCAUGAUAAGAAGAUCAUCUCCAGAAAUUUUGAGCCUAAUGAACAGGUACUUCUGUACAACUCUCACUUGAAGUUGUUUCCAUGCAAACUUCGUUCUCGCUGGUUUGGACCUUUCACUAUCCAAGAAGUCCGCCCCUAUGGAGCUAUUGUGCUGCUUAACUCCAAGGGAGAGAAGUUUACUGUCAAUGGAAAGAGAGUGAAACACUAUUGGGCUGAACCCGUGAUACCAAACAGACACAUUGUGCGUUUGGAUGAUGCACCUUCUGCCUAA